ACCGGAGAAGGAGGAGGAGGAGGAGGAGGAGGAGGACGCUGAAACUGAAGGAAUGUGCCGUUUCAUUGACACGGUCUCGUAAAGUCACAUCAGCAGAAACAUGUGAAGACUCUUGUGGAUAUUUGACCUGCAAGUUAGCCUUCAACAACAAAAAGGCGAAGGUCUCCUCUCUUAUUCCCCUCAUCCGUUCAUUCCGCUUCCUCUGCAGUUUCCUCGCAGGCCCGUUGAACAUGGAGGGCCGGCGGGCUACGCGCAGGACUUUCUCACCUGACCCUAAAGUAGGAGCUUUAACUUCUCUGCUAGGCUUCUGGCUCUUAGUGAUCCCUGCUUUGUGCAGUGGGCAGACAUUCACUAGUUUCCACCCUGAACGUCGGGACUGGGUUUUUAACCACCUGACGGUUCACCAAACCACAGGAGCGUUGUAUAUUGGAGCAGUUAACCGUGUGUACAAGCUCUCAGGCAACCUGACCCUCUUAGUUUCCCACGAUACAGGCCCAGAGGAUGACAACAAGGCCUGCUACCCCCCUCUGAUUGUCCAGCCCUGCUCCGAGCCCCUCGUCUCCACCAACAAUGUCAACAAGCUUCUCCUGAUCGAUUAUUCCCAAAACAGGUUGCUGGCCUGUGGCAGCCUCUACCAGGGAGUCUGUAAACUCCUUAGACUGGAUGAUCUUUUUAUCUUAGUGGAGCCCUCCCACAAGAAGGAGCACUACCUCUCCAGCGUCAACCAGACUGGGACCAUGUACGGGGUCAUUGUGCCGUCACAGGGACAGGAUGGCACUCUGUUUAUUGGCACAGCAGUGGAUGGAAAGCAGGAUUACUUCCCCACCAUCUCCAGCAGAAAGCUGCCCCGCGACCCUGAGUCUUCUGCGAUGCUCGACUACGAAUUGCACACUGACUUUGUGUCCUCUCUCAUCAAGAUCCCAUCAGACACACUCGCCCUCGUCUCCCACUUUGACAUCUACUAUGUUUACGGCUUUGCCAGUGGCAGCUUUGUUUACUUCCUCACCGUGCAGCCCGAGACGCCGGAGAACAGCAUGUCGUCAAGUGGAUCCACUAGCGACCUCUUCUACACCUCUCGCAUCGUCCGCCUCUGCAAGGACGAUCGCAAGUUUCACUCUUAUGUCUCUCUGCCCGUCGGCUGUGUGAAGAACGGAGUCGAGUACCGGCUACUGCAGGCCGCUUACCUCGGCAAGCCAGGUCGCGUUCUCGCCGCCUCGCUCAACAUCAGUGCUCAAGACGACGUACUCUUCACCAUCUUCUCCAAGGGCCAGAAGCAGUUUCAUCGCCCGCCGGAUGACUCGGCACUCUGCGUCUUCACCAUCCGAGACAUCAAUGCUCGGAUCAAGGACCGUCUGCAGUCCUGUUACCAGGGGGAAGGAAACCUGGAGCUCAACUGGCUGCUGGGAAAGGAUGUGCAGUGCACCAAAGCGCCGGUGCCCAUUGACGACUCCUUCUGCGGUCUGGACAUCAACCAGCCGCUUGGUGGUUCUCAGCUGGUCACCGGUCACACUCUAUACACAGAGACUCGGGACCGCAUGACGUCUGUCACCUCCUACGUCUACAAUGGCUACUGUGUUGCUUUCGUUGGCACCAAGAGUGGACGCCUGAAGAAGAUUCGUGUCGAUGGGCCUCCACACGGCGGCGUCCAGUACGAGACGAUAUCGGUCAUCAAGGACGGCAGCCCCAUCCUGCGAGAUAUGGCCUUCUCCCUGGACCGUAACUACCUCUACGUCAUGUCUGAGAGACAGGUUACCCAAGUCCCUAUCGAGUCAUGUGAGCAGUACGGGACCUGCGGAGAGUGUUUGAGCUCUGGGGACCCUCACUGUGGUUGGUGUGUCCUGCACAAUAUCUGCUCUCAGAGGAACCGCUGUGAGCGGGCAGACGAGCCAUACCGUUUCGCCGCCUCGCUCAAUCAAUGUGUGAAGGCCACCGUGUACCCAGACAGCAUUGCGGUGUCCGAGCCCAGUGUACCUCUGCUGGUGAAGGUGAGCCACGUUCCAGACCUUUCUGCCGGCAUCACCUGCUCCUUUGGCAACCUGACGGAGGUGGAGGGGCAGGUCAACGGCAACCAGAUACUCUGUGUGUCUCCUGCUGCCAAGGAUGUCCCCCUCAUCCCCACUGACCAAGAUUGGUCAGGCGUUGAGCUGAGGCUCAACUCUAAGGAGACCGGUCAGAUGCUUAUCAGCACAGAGGUCAAGUUUUACAACUGCAGCGUCCACCAACUGUGUCUGUCAUGUGUGAACAGUGCCUUCCGCUGCCACUGGUGCAAGUACCGCAACUUGUGUACCCAUGACCCCUCCAGCUGUUCCUUCCAGGAGGGACGAGUCAACGCCUCUGAGGACUGUCCCCAGCUGGUGCGCUCGGAGGAGAUUCUGAUCCCAGCAGGGGAGGUGAAGCCCAUCACCCUGAAGGCCAGGAACCUGCCGCAGCCCCAGUCUGGCCAGCGAGGCUAUGAGUGCGUCCUCCACAUCCAGGGGGUCAGCCACCGAGUCACCGCCCUUCGCUUCAACAGCUCCAGCGUGCAGUGCCAGAACAGCUCGUAUCUGUACGAGGGGAUGAAAAUCAGCGAGCUGCCUGUGGAUUUCUCGGUGGUGUGGAACGGCAACUUCAUCAUUGAUAACCCGGAGAAUAUCCAAGUGCACCUGUACAAGUGCGCAGCCCAGCGGGACAGCUGCGGCACGUGUCUGAAAGCGGAGAGGAAGUUCCAGUGUGGCUGGUGCAGCGGAGAGGGAAGGUGCACCCUGCGGCACCACUGCCCCCCCAUCAAUCCGUACACCACCCGCUGGCUGAACCUGUCCAGUAAGAACGUCAAGUGCACCAACCCACGCAUCACUGAGGUCAGUACCCAUAAUCCUCGGAUUGUAUGUGUGAUGGACGCAGCUCAUGCGGACAGCCGACCUGGUCCAGUCCAGCUGUGCGUUGGAGAGUGCAGACCAGAACUCAGGGCUCGCUCCUCGCAACACUACUCCUUUGUGACUCCCACAGUCACAGGUCUGUCCCCAAACAGAGGUCCAGAGUCUGGGGGCACCAAAGUGACCAUAAUGGGAGAUAACCUCGGCGCCGGCAGUAGUGUCAACGUUCAGUUUGGAAACCAGACGUGCGAGUUCUUUGGACGGACCAUGACGGAGAUAGUGUGCUACUCUGCCCCCUCCCUGUCUGGGGUCGGCCCGGUGCAGAUCAGUGUGAGCGUGGACCAUGCCCAAAUCAGGGAGAGCCUCACCUUCGACUACAUUGAAGACCCCACCGUGCAGCGCAUUGAACCAGACUGGAGCAUUGCAAGUGGUCACACCCCCCUGAUGGUGACAGGGACCAAUCUGGACGUGGUUCAGGAGCCCAGGAUCCGAGUCAAAUACGCCGGCCGAGAGUCUGUCAACGUGUGUAAAGUGUUGAACACUACCAGUAUGAGCUGCUUCGCUCCCUCCCUGAUGGCAGAGUACAAUCCAGGUCUGGACACGGUGAAGCACGCCGACGAGUUUGGGUUUAUCUUCAACAACGUGCAGGCGCUGCUGGUCUACAACAACACCAACCUCCUCUACUAUCCAAACCCUUACUUUGAGCCCCUCAGCACCACCGGAGUCCUAGAACAAAAACCAGGAUCGCCCAUCAUUCUCAAGGGCAGAAACCUGGUUCCCCCCGCAGCAGGAGGGGUGAAGCUUAACUACACUGUGCUGAUAGGAGAGACUCCCUGCUCCGUCACCAUGUCCGAGAGCCAGCUGCUGUGCGAGCCGCCCAACCUCACCGGACAAUACAAAGUCAUGGUCCAGGUCGGCGGUCUCCACGUCUCUCCUGGCACGGUCCACAUCAUGUCUGACAGCCUGCUGACCCUCCCGGCCAUCGUCAGCAUCGCUGCCGGCGGAGGCCUCCUCCUCAUCAUCGUCAUCCUAGUCCUUAUCGCAUACAAGCGUAAGUCGCGUGAAAAUGACCUCACCCUGAAGCGCUUGCAGAUGCAAAUGGACAACCUGGAGUCACGUGUUGCCCUGGAGUGCAAAGAAGCUUUUGCUGAGCUGCAAACAGACAUCAAUGAGCUGACCAGCGACCUGGACAGAGCUGGAAUCCCCCAUCUGGACUACAGGACGUAUGCAAUGAGGGUGCUCUUCCCCGGCAUCGAGGAUCAUCCUGUCCUCAGAGAACUGGAGGUGUCAGGGAACGGACAGCAGAACGUGGAGAAAGCCCUGAAGCUGUUCGGCCAGCUCAUCAACAACAAGGUGUUCCUGCUCACCUUCAUACGAACGCUGGAAAUGCAGCGCUCGUUCUCCAUGAGGGACCGCGGCAACGUGGCCUCACUUAUCAUGACGGCCCUGCAGGGGCGACUGGAGUACGCCACCGACGUCCUCAAACACCUGCUGUCGGACCUCAUUGACCGCAACCUGGAGAGCAAGAACCAUCCCAAACUGCUGCUGCGCAGAACGGAGUCGGUUGCCGAGAAGAUGCUUACAAACUGGUUUGCCUUCCUCCUUCACAAAUUCCUCAAGGAGUGUGCCGGGGAGCCUCUGUUCAUGCUGUACUGCGCCAUCAAGCAGCAGAUGGAAAAGGGGCCCAUUGACGCCAUCACUGGAGAGGCCCGCUACUCCCUCAGUGAAGACAAGCUCAUCCGCCAGCAGAUCGAGUACAAAACCCUGAUCCUAAACUGCGUGAAUCCCGACAAUGAGAACAGUCCGGAGAUUCCAGUAAAGGUGCUCAACUGUGACACCAUCACUCAAGUGAAGGAGAAGAUACUGGACGCCGUUUACAAGAACAUGCCCUAUUCUCAGCGGCCACGUGCCGUCGACAUGGACCUCGAGUGGCGUCAGGGGCGAAUGGCUCGUGUGGUGCUGCAGGAUGAAGACAUCACCACCAAGAUAGAAAAUGACUGGAAGAGACUCAACACCCUCAUGCACUAUCAGGUGUCAGACCGCUGCGUCGUGGCUUUGGUGCCCAAACAGACCUCAUCAUACAACAUCCCUUCCUCAGCCAGCAUAUCCCGCACCUCCAUCAGCAGAUAUGAUUCUUCAUUCCGCUACACGGGCAGUCCCGACAGCCUCCGCUCACGUGCUCCCAUGAUCACGCCUGAUCUAGAAAGUGGCGUGAAGGUGUGGCACCUGGUGAAGAACCACGAACACGGAGACCAGAAGGAAGGAGACCGCGGUAGCAAGAUGGUCUCUGAGAUUUAUCUGACCAGGCUGCUCGCUACCAAGGGUACUCUACAAAAAUUUGUCGACGAUCUCUUCGAGACGUUGUUCAGUACAGUCCACAGAGGGAGCACCCUUCCCCUCGCCAUCAAAUACAUGUUUGACUUCCUGGACGAGCAGGCAGACAAACAUGGCAUUCAUGACACAGACGUACGUCACACGUGGAAAAGCAACUGCCUUCCAUUGCGUUUCUGGGUGAACGUGAUCAAGAACCCGCAGUUUGUGUUUGACAUCCAUAAGAGCAGCAUCACGGAUGCCUGUCUGUCUGUAGUAGCUCAGACCUUUAUGGAUUCUUGCUCCACUUCAGAGCACCGCCUGGGCAAAGACUCCCCGUCCAAUAAGCUGCUCUAUGCUAAAGAUAUCCCCAAUUACAAGAGCUGGGUAGAGAGGUACUACGCCGACAUCAACCGGCUGCCAGCCAUUAGUGACCAGGACAUGAAUGCCUAUUUGGCAGAACAGGCCAGACUCCACUCCACAGAGUUUAACAUGCUCAGCGCUCUCAAUGAGAUCUACUCUUACGUCAGCAAGUACAGUGAGGAGAUCACAGCGGCUCUGGAGCAGGACGAACAGGCGAGGAAGCAGAGGUUGGCCUACAAGGUGGAGCAGCUCAUCUCUGCCAUGUCCCUGGAGAGCUGAGAGCGGCCGCGUCCCAAAGAGAGAGA